AUGGUAUCAAUACUAGCAUCAAUAGUCACUGCAGCAUGGAACGAGUUAUCGAAAUUCUCUUUCAUGAAGGAGCUGAAAGAGCGAAUCGAGCUCAUCUUCAAGAUAAUUCAAGUGGCAAUGCAAUUGAUUCCCAGAUGCUCCGAGUACCUUUCAAAUGACCCUUUUCAAGAAAUCGUUAUGAUCCCCACAGCGUCAAAGCUCCGCAGCGUCGGGAUCAAACUAAGCUUGGCCACAGGAGGUAUCAAAACCAUUGCGUUCGAUAAGAAAACUGCUACCUUGAAGCUCCCUCAUAUCGAUCUGGAUGCUAUCACCGAAGUCCUGCUACGAAACCUUGUGGCCUACGAAAUGAUAUCGCAGAGGGGCUCCUUAAUUAUGACACGAUACACUGAGUUAAUGUAUGGCAUUAUUGACACCUCCGAGGAUUUGAAGUUGCUGAGGGAAGCGUCCAUUGUCUUGAACCGCCUGAACAGCGACAACAAGGUCUUGGAGCUCUUCAAUGGAGUGUUUAAAUCCAUAGGUUCCAAAAGCACUGCGUCGAAGCUGGACGAGACAAUUCGAGAUGUCAACGAGUACUACAACAGCACUCGAAAGGUCAAGGCUUAUAAUCUCAUGAGGAAGUACGUCUACUCUUCUUGGAAGUUUCUCACUGUGGUCGCCACCGUUGUGCUCAUUUUGCUCAUGGUUCUGUAG